AGACCCUGAAAGCUUUUGACCGGGAAGUAAAUGCAUUUGUGGACUAUAUGUUUGGACCUCGAGAUGCCAGGGUUAGAGGAUGGUUCCUUUUGGACUCUUACCUUCCCACGUUUUUCCUUACUGGAGCAUAUCUACUCUGCAUAUGGCUGGGCAACAAGUUAAUGAAGAACAGGCCUCCUUUCUCUCUCAGGCCUCACCUCAUCGUGUAUAACCUGGGCAUCACGCUGCUCUCCUUCUACAUGCUCAUAGAGCUCAUCCUCGCCACAUGGGAAGGCGGCUACAACUUGCAGUGCCAGAACCUCCACAGUGCAGGGGAGGCUGAUAUCCGGGUAGCCAAAGUGCUGUGGUGGUAUUAUUUUUCCAAAGUAAUUGAAUUCAUGGACACUAUCUUCUUUGUACUGAGGAAGAAAAGCAGCCAGAUCACCUUCCUUCAUGUGUAUCACCAUGCCACUAUGUUUAACAUUUGGUGGUGUGUUCUGAACUGGAUACCUUGUGGGCAGAGUUUCUUUGGACCCACUUUGAACAGCUUUAUCCACGUGCUUAUGUAUUCUUACUAUGGACUGUCAGUCAUCCCUUCUAUGAGAAAAUAUCUCUGGUGGAAGAAAUACCUCACUCAGGCACAACUGAUCCAGUUUCUGCUCACUAUUGUGCACACACUCAGUGCAGCUGUGAAGCCAUGUGGAUUCCCAUUUGGCUGCCUCAUGUUCCAGUCCUCCUACAUGGCCACACUGGUCAUCCUCUUCAUCAACUUCUACAUUAAGACAUACCGGAAAGCACCUUCAAGAACAGCUGUAAAGGAAACCCCUGUCACAACAGAAAUCAAGAAUGGUUUCCACAAGGACUACUUUGCUGCUGCCAAUGGAUUGCAGAAUAAUAAGAAGGCACAAUAAGUAUAGUGUUUCCUAUGGGUUUUUUUUCUAAGGAGAAAAAGAAGAAAAAAGACUGAAUUACAAGCUUUAGCUUAAAACCUAUUUGAUUACAUUUAUCAGUUCUUUGUACCAGACACUUAUUAACGUACUGCUAUUUAGGUUUUAACAAAAUGAGUAGAAUUACUUGUCUUGUCAAAGAUCACCAUCAGAACAAAGAAAGCCAAGAUCUUUCUCGUAUGAAAAAGAAAACCUUUCUGAUCUCUAAUGCUGACACAAAAACGCCUUAUGAAACACUUGAUGGAUAAAUCCAUCAAUGCCUUCAAAAGGUUAGGACUCUGUUCAGACUAACACUUUCUGUGCAUGUGAGAGGUCUUGAGGCAAGGCUUCACAGUGCACCCAGUAAAUCCACCUGUGGCCAAGGCCAGGAAAAUAAAGGAGGGGUGGGGGGAAAGGUGAGAAUCAUACCUUUUCCAUCAUCACACCCCUCUUCUCUUCUUCUCAGCAAUUCCCCAAAGCAUAGUCCCUCCCCGUGGACAUCAGCAAGGUACCCUUUGAUCCUGUGGGAGCCCUGGGAAAGGACAUGUCAGAGGGCAGAGCCCAAGUGCACCAUCCCAUAGUUUUCAGGCAGUUGUGCACCAUGCUCACUUGCUUUACACAAGGUGGAACCUGAUUCAAAUGCCAGGAAGUCUGGCAGGAGCUUUCAAGGGGCUGGGCUGGCAGCCCCUGGCACUGCCUGGAAUAGUAUUCUGAACACAGAACAAAACAAAGCAUUUUGGAUGUGCUAAAUUAAUAGGAGUUCUAGGUAAAUGGAUUUUGAAAGAAAUAGGGUCUUAGCAACUUAAGGAAGAUAAAUCCAAUGAGUGUAAAUGUGUGUAAAGUUAAUCCUAUACAAACACUGCUAAUUCAAAGCAAACUUUCAUGCCCCUUAUUAAUAGACUGGAAGAUGCAGAAAAUUUGAGAAUUGAGUUCAGCAAUGAGCACAGCAGGUUAUAUAGGAAUUUCUGUGGCAGGUGGAAGGGGAGGGGAAGCAAGGAGAUAGCUGCUGUCUGUAGUUGUAAAGGUGUCUUUCUCCCAACAGUUUAUCACCAUCUUUGUUGCUUCAGUUCACUGCAUUCACCCCCACUCAAAUGGUUAGAAAUGAAGAGCACUCAGGAUUAACUUUAUGGGUCUGCCCUCACCCUUUUCUCAUUUUGUUCACUUAAUUUCCUCUACUAAAAAUAGACAUGGACUUUUUUCCUCACAGUGAAGUAGUUCUGAUCUCUUCCAUUCUCAUGUACAAAAUUCUCUCUCGAGAAACAACUUUUGGAGUCACUCCAGCCCAGCAAGUCCCUUGGACUGAAGCAGUUCUGUAAAGGAAGCAUGUCCUCUCACUCCUGUCACCUUGCAGAGGCCCAGAGCAGGAGGAGGACAAAACACACACCCAGCCAGCACAGACAGCCCAAGCAGCCACAGAGGGCUCAGAUGUAGAAGAGGCUGUCCCAAAUCCUGCUGUCCAAUUUUUCUCCACCUGUAGAGGACACUUAUCCCCUCCAGAUACCCCCAUUUAGAUGGUCUGCCACUGGGGUCUCUUGGAGACUGCAGGCAUAAAGGCAGGAGGAGCGUUUGUCCUAGGGAGCAGGAUGGACACUCAUAGCAGGCAGCCCCAGCAGGGGCAGCCAGAGACCCCCACAGCCUUGAGGGCUCAUGGAGAGGAAGGAAAGGGACUGAGGAAGUGGUACAGUAGGGGAAAAAGAACAGAUGGGGCUGUCCAGCAGAAGCAAAAGGAGAAAAUGGCAUGAAGAAGGGUGUCAUGUGUCACAGUUCUGCUUGACUGUGUGCUUGAAAGUCCCAUUGAAUGCCAUCUGUCUCCAGGCAGUUCCGACUCCGUUGCAAUGCGGACAAAACUUUUCUGCCCCAGCAGAAAAGUGAAAUUCCGUCCCAUGGUGCUAUAGCAGAAGCAAUACCUCUUAGCAGCCUGGCUGCUGCACUACAUCAUCAUGAACCAGAUAACUAAUACAACUGCAGUAUUCAAAGGCUUUUACAUCACCACACUGACUAACUAGAGCUGGGCUGCUGCACAUUCACAUUUGCUCCCCUCUUCAUGAAGCUGGUCACGAAACCUCACUUAACUGAAAGUCAGUGUUUUGUUGUAUUUAAUACUCAGUAAGGGGGAAAAGCAGCAAGCCAAAAGAAAAAAAAAAACAACCCAAGAACCCUGCAUUCACAAAGCCUGGGCACUGCAUGCAUAUACUGUUUCUCACUUCUGGCUCUUCCAGAACCUUUAUUUCUGACUGGUACUGUAAAAAUCCCAAGAUGUAAGAAAUUAGCAGAUUUGACUGAGGGUGUUUUAGACAGCCCAGCAUAAAGGGAGAGCUUCAGAGCAUUGUAGAAAUCAGCUUGAUACCAGAAGCCAGGGUAAAGGCAGAGGAAUUUGAAAGAGCUGACAAGACAGUGAGGAAGGCAAUGAGCUGGACUAUUAAUCUAAGGUAGGCAACAAAAGGGUUGUGUGGCCCAGCAUGGAUUUUAGGCCGAGUGGAGUCCAUAAUCUUUUGAUGGCAAAGCAUGCAUUUGACUAUCAAGGUGGAAAGCGUCAGCUGUGCUAAGUGUUAAAGUUUACUGCAGCAAUCAAACCCAUAGAUAUUAUCUUUUGUUUUGUUGAAACCUCAUUCGAAAGAAAAGGAAAUAAAUAAAUGCCUUACUUGAAAUUCAAAGGGCUGGGGAAAAAAAAAAAGAAAAAGAAAAAAAAAAAAAAAGGAAAAAACCAGAGAUGGUCUCAGACCUUGCAGAUCAGCCAGGAAGGCUGGAAUCAGGUAUGUUUAAAAUUCUUCAGAUAUGUCUUAACAUCUUCAAAAUGCCGCAACUUGAAGAAAGAGAAGCAUUGACUUUUUAAACUGAUUUUCCUGUAAUACAUAACACUGUAAAUAAACAAAUUUUACUAUCA